AUGAACAUGCAUCCAUCGCCAAAUGUACCGGAGAGAACACAAAAACAGAUUAAGAACAUCCCCUUACCUGAAGGGAUUCACCUUUUAUCAUCAAAGGAAAUAAUAGAUCUAAUUCAAAUUCAUAAACAUCAAUUGGAGUUGUAUGUGACGAAGUUCAACCCUUUAACCGAAUUCGGUGAGAAAAUAAAUGCGUUAAAGGAUGAGUUUAAACAACUGGAAAAGAGUUUUGAAGAUCUACAUGGCCAAAGAGAUAAGGUUCAGGCUCUUCUAGAGAACUGCAGAAUCGUAGAAUCCAAAUAUGUGGCUAGUUGGCAGGACUAUCAUUCCGAGUUUGAAGAAAAAUAUGGCGAGAUGGCAAUGAGAAGGAAACUAGAGCAAAGUACGAAAAAUCUUGACGAAGAAAGUUCGCAAUUAGAAGCUUCCAUGAGAAUCAUCGAGUCACCAGAUGGGCUGGAUCAAUUCAUCAAGGAUUAUUUAAAUAUACGAACACAGUAUCAUUUGAGGAGAGAAAAACUCGCAACUUGGGAAAGCCAAGGUGAAUUGAGAUACUAG